UGGAUUUUCUCCCAAUAGGCCCCUUGUCCUUAUGGACAGUAGGCUUCAGUAAGGCCAUGCCACUGGUUUACCAGACAGACCUGGACAUAUCUUGAGACACAGUUCAUGCCCUUUCUCAGGAUGCUCUGUCUUUCUCUUAUUUAUUCAAUCACUCCCUCCCCAAGGCACCUUCCCAUCACCUCAAAGUGAAACAACCUCCCCCUUAAACUACUUCUUGCCUCUAAAUUCCUUUUCACAUCCAACUUUUCUACUAGAACAUCUUAUUCUUUGCCCUUCGUUGACAACUGUCAUGACCAUAUGGGAUCAUAUGUGAAUUUGUGUGAUUAUCUUGUUAAUGUUUCUAUUCCUCAUUACACUGGAUGUCAUGGACUAUAAGUGCUUAUUUCCCCAAAUAUAGAGCACAAGGCUUAGGGCAGGGCAAACACUCCACAAAUGUUGAAAGUAUGAAAAAUGAAUGGGUGAAACAAAUGGGUUCCUGGUGAACUUCUUGCCUUACCAGCAAUCACGUGUAUCUGAAAGUCAGUUCUACUUGAGCUGAGGCAUUUGCUGAGUGGAAGAAGCUUAAAGGCAUGAAUAAUGAGGGAGUGCUGAUGAAAACGAGUAAAUAUUUAUCUAACAAGGUCCCUCUAUUCUCUUCUUGAGUAGCAAAUAUAAGUAGGCAUUUAUUUAUGGGGGAAAAAAGAUUUCUUGAUAGAGACAGGGUUUUUUAAAAGUUGGAAAAUUGUCCUCAGGAAAAAGCCAGGAAACAAUCAAAGGUUCUGAUAGCACAUCUUUUCUUGAGUUGACCUUUCAAUGACUUUUUUAGAAGCUAUCUUGGGAGAAAGGAAGGAAACCCUAGAGAUACCGCUAAAAGGGAACACGGCUUUCUCUUGGGGUCUUGAGUUUAUUCCGGACACCUCCUGAGGAUGAAGCUUCAGACAUUUUGAGCACCAUCACAAAGGGCAUUCUCCAAGUGAACAGUUGGGUGGGAUCAACAAUGAAUCUCACUGAACACUCCCACGGACCUGCCAUGGAUGAAUUCUCUCUUUCUGACAAUUUAUUUGGUGUCCUCGCAGAGCAAGCGGCAGGUCCCCUGGGACACAAUCUAGAGGUGGACUUGUAUUCGCAAUACAGCAACGUUCAGUGUCCUCCAAUCCAGCCGCAGGUCUCCUCAUCGUCCUAUUAUUCCAACUUGGGUUUCUACCCCCAGCAGCCUGAAGAGUGGUACUCUCCCGGCAUCUAUGAACUCAGGCGAAUGCCCGCUGAGACUCUCUACCAGGGAGAGACGGAGGUGGCGGAGGUUCCUGUCAUUAAGAAGGCUCGAACGGGUCUCUCAGGAGGGAGAAUCAAGGGCGAUGAGCUGUGUGUGGUUUGUGGAGACAGAGCGUCUGGGUACCACUAUAACGCGCUCACCUGUGAGGGGUGCAAAGGGUUCUUCAGAAGAAGCAUUACCAAAAACGCUGUGUACAAGUGUAAAAAUGGGGGCAACUGUGUGAUGGACAUGUACAUGCGAAGGAAAUGCCAAGAGUGCCGACUAAGGAAAUGCAAAGAGAUGGGAAUGUUGGCUGAAUGUAUGUAUACAGGCUUGUUAACGGAAAUUCAGUGUAAAUCGAAACGACUGAGGAAAAAUGUGAAGCAGCAGACAGACCAGCCUAUUAGUGAGGACAGCGAAGGACGGGACUUGCGGCAAGUGACCUCCACCACUAAGUCGUGCAGGGAGAAAACUGAACUUACCACAGACCAACAGAAUCUUCUACGUUACAUUAUGGAUUCGUACAACAAACAGAGGAUGCCUCAGGAAAUCACAAAUAAAAUUUUAAAAGAAGAGUUCAGUGCAGAAGAAAAUUUUCUCAUCUUAACUGAAAUGGCCACGAGUCAUGUACAGAUUCUUGUUGAAUUCACCAAAAGGCUGCCAGGAUUUCAGACUUUGGACCACGAAGAUCAGAUUGCUUUGCUGAAGGGAUCUGCAGUGGAAGCUAUGUUUCUCCGUUCUGCGGAGAUUUUCAAUAAGAAGCUCCCAGUUGGGCACACGGACCUCCUGGAAGAGAGAAUCCGGAAGAGUGGUAUCUCAGAUGAGUAUAUAACGCCCAUGUUUAGUUUUUACAAAAGCGUUGGAGAACUGAAGAUGACUCAAGAAGAGUAUGCUUUGCUCACAGCGAUCGUUAUCCUCUCUCCAGACAGACAAUACAUCAAGGACAGAGAGGCUGUGGAGAAGCUGCAGGAGCCACUGCUGGAAGUGCUACAGAAGUUGUGCAAGAUUCAUCAACCCGAGAAUCCUCAACACUUUGCCUGUCUCCUGGGUCGCCUGACUGAACUUCGGACGUUCAACCAUCACCACGCGGAGAUGCUGAUGUCCUGGAGAGUCAAUGACCACAAGUUUACCCCCCUGCUCUGUGAAAUCUGGGACGUGCAGUGAUGUGGGCAUGGGCAGGGAACGGGGCUAACUCCUGAUUUCUCCUGGAACAGAAGCUCGAUGUAUAGCUUUCCUCUAUUUCACUUGUACCUGGUUCCACUGAAGGAUUACCACACCUCAUGCUCCCCCCCCCACACACACACACACACACACACACACACACACACACACACACCUUUAAAAAACAUUUUAAUGUGGUUUGGAUAAAAGUUUGCAGAGAAAGUUAGUUUUCCGGUCAAUAAUGUAUACACAUCUUGUUGCACAACAUGGGGUGCAAUCUACACAAUGCAACACCACGCUUCCCAUUUCCUCCCUGAGCUCCCCUGUCUUUGGAAACAGUCUUCUGAACAGUUGCCCUUUCGUGCCCCCUAGAGUUGAUUAUACUGAGGAGUUAUGUGCCUCCCUGGGUGUUAUUGUUUUAUUGUUCACUUUAGAGACUGCUUAUUUGCCUGGAAGUUGAUCCUGAGGCCGGGGGAAGUGGUGAGGUCAGUACCAGACUUUUGAUGGCUGUCCUAGGGCCAUAGUCUCAGGGGUUUUCCUAACCUCUACCAGAUCAGUACGUCGGAUCUUUGCUGUCAUUAUUUUGAAUUUUGUCUUACCUUUUUCCCCUCCUCCCACUGUGCUCCUUGUCAGAGGGUUAGUGGUAGUAGCCGGGCACCCUCCAGUUCUUCCCGUCCCGGGGUUGCCGGGGCCAUGGUUUGACGGGUCCAUUAGUCCUUUAGACAAGUUACUGCCUUGAUGCUUUGAUUUUCUUCAACUCAUCUUUGCUCCUUGUGAGGAGAGACCAAGAGCUGCCCAGUAGAUGGCCACUUAAAAAAAAAACGUGAAGACUUUCAGCCCUAUUCACCGAAGUGGGCUGUAGACUAUUGCCUUUGUGAACUAUGUCAUGCAAGUUGAUCCAGGAGUCCCCUGAGAUUGGGUCCCACACAAGAAUCUUGAUGUAUAUAGUAAUUGUAUACCGUCCAUAAUUGUAAAUAAGAGUUUAGAUAGAGUUACUUUCUCUGUGUUUUAUUUUACAAGGCUUCAGGGAAUCCGUCAUUCCCAUUGGUGCCCUGUUUGCCUAAUUAAAUUGCUACUUCAGGUCUAUCUAUUAUAAAAGGCAAAGAUCUCAUGUUGCUCUGCAUGUUACCUAUUUCAUAUGUUUUAUUAAAGAGUUGUGUUCAACGCUAGCAAUAAAACAAGCCUGUCAA